AUGCGGUCACAAUCUUUGUAUAUUCUGUUCUGGGCUAUAUUCUGUGGUGUGGUCAUCCCACGGAAACUAAGAAGACCUCGUGAAACCAUUAGUGAUAGUGACAGUAGUGAAGACAUAAGUGAAAGUGUAGAUUUACAAAACGAACAUCAUGGAAUGUCCAUUGAUAUGCUUCUUGGUAAUAAAAAUACUCAGCCCCUCAGACAUAAAAAAACCAAAACCUUGAAUUAUAUAACCGUAUCCCCGCCUUUCUUGGCAGUCACAAAGGCUCCCCCUGAUCCUAAAUUACCACGAGGACCUUUCUUUGGCUUUUUAAGAAACAUUUGUAAUGCGUUGAUCUCGCCUAAGUUUAAGGUAAAACACCUCGGAAAAUAUUUUCAUAUACUCAGCAAAUCUCUAAAAGGAUUCGGCAUAAAUUUUAUACAAAAAAUAUGGAUAAGAAGAUUCCGAAGAAAGUUGAAAAAGUACUCCAUUUAUAAUAAAAAGAAGUUAAAAUCUAAAGCAAAGGCAUUUCUGGACUUCAUAUCUGAUGGAAAACCUAAAAAGAUAGCAUAUUUCGCGGCGAUGGAUGCUAUAUAUUCAGUGGAUGAUGACAGGAAAAUGGACGAUUAUGUCUAUUUACUUAAAAAUUAUGGGAAAGGAGUUGUACGACACAUAGGGGCUGAAACAAGACGCAUAUUCGAGCGUAUUAUUUUUGGCAGAUAUGACCGAUUGGAUGAAAACCGUCAAGAUAAGAUCGAACUGAAAUUCAAAUCUGCUGUAAUCGAAUACUGGGAGAACAGAUUAAAUAGGACUAAUUACAAUUCCACGCUGGACCAUCUAUUUAAUUUCCCAUUGAAUCAGCCGUGA